AGAAAAAAACUGUUAACCACAGAGUCAGUUUAAAACCAAUGUGCUGUUAUAGUCCAGCAUUCAGUUCCUGAAGAUCACACAGACUCAACACGAUAUAGUGUUUGAUGAUGAUGAUGUCAUUCAGAAUGGCUCCUCCUUCUCUUCCUCUGAUAUUUCUGCUCAUUCUUCACGGAGUUUAUAGUGUUGAUGAUGGGUGGGGUGUGAAUUACAGCCCUUCAUACAUCUGUGCACUAAAGGAUUCAACAGUGAUAAUAAACUGCACUUAUAAAUACCCUACUGGACAUCAGAUCAUGAAAGUGUUCUGGACUAAGAUUAAGAGUGCUGAUCCUCCAGAUCUGUUUAAUGACUCUGAAUACAGUCAGAGGAUUCAGUAUCUGGGAGAUAAACAUCAUGACUGCACCAUGAGACUGACUGAUGUGAGACAGACAGAUUCACACAAAUACUAUUUCAAAUUCAACACUGAUAAACUUGAUGGGAAAUGGCUUGGUCUUCCUGGAGUGACUCUUGAUAUCACAGAUCUUCAGGUGGAGUCUUCAGGUGAGAGAGUGACAGAGGGACAUUCAGUGACUCUUACAUGUAAAAGCAGAUGCAGUCUGACUGACAGAUCAACAUUCAUCUGGUUUAAAAACACACAGUCAUUAAGUGAGAGAACAGACAGAAACAAUCAACUCAUCCUGCAGUCAGUAAGAAGAGAGGAUGCAGGCAACUAUAGCUGUGCUGUACAGGGACACAACCUCACAUCACCUCAUCAAUAUCUCAAUGUCAUCUAUGCUCCAGAUAAUCCUGUGAUCUCUAUCAAUCCAUCUGGUGAAAUAAUGGAGGGUGAUUCAGUGACUCUGACCAGCAGCAGUGAUGCAAAUCCACCUGUUCAUGAGUACACCUGGUUUAAGGAGAAUAAAACUCUUGCAUCUGGACAAACCUACAUCAUCUCAAAGAUCAGAUCAGAUCACAGUGGAGAAUACAAGUGCAAGUCAAGCAAUGAACUUGGACAGAAAUUUUCAGCAGUGACAUUAAAUGUCUUGUAUUCUCCAAAGAAGGUCACAGCAUCAAUCAGUGGAUCUGAUGAAAUAAUGGAGGGUGAUUCAGUGAAUCUGACCUGCAGCAGUGAAUCAAAUCCACCUGUUCAGAUCUACAGCUGGUUUAAAGAGAAUGAAAAAUCAUCUGUUGGAUCUGGACAGACGUACAGCAUCACUAACAUUAACUCCAGUCACAGUGGAUGGUUUUACUGUGAGGCUCAGAAUGAAGUUGGAUCUCAGAGAUCUGCUGCUGUAUCAGUCAAUGUUAAAGUUGUCAGUUGUGUCUCUUUCUCUGUAGCUUUCGGAGUUGGGCUUUGUGUUGGAGUCUGUGGAACUUUAGCUACUGUAAUUGUUGGGAUGUAUAUUUGCAAAAGAAAGAGUUUGCGAAGAAAAACUUCUAAACAUAAACCGGAGAAUGAUAAUGCCAGUAAUGACACAUACACAGCCCUUGAACUGAAGAGCAGAUCAUCUGAUCUGUAUGAUACACUUACACCCAACAGAUGCUGAAGUAAGAGGAGGAGCACAAAAAAAACAAAUCCUUACAUCCCUGAUUGACAGAAAUCAUAACAAAUAAGGCAUCAAAAUGUAUACUAUCUAAUCAUGAUGUAGCCAUAUUCAUUCAAUCAAGUCAAAAUCUUGAUAUCUUAAAUAUAAAACAAGAGCACAAUACUCAGAUACCAAGCAACCAUUGAAAAAAUGUUAAAAAAUAAUGAUUUUUCAAUGUAAAUCCCAUUGAAUC